AUGGGCAUGGGGGCCCCUGGCGUGGGGGGCCCCCCCAGCACACUAGACUAUCAGCAGCAGCAGCAGCAGCAGCAGCAGCCGCAGCAGCAGCAGCUGGCGCUCCCCUUCGAUUCCAGCUUCAUUUCUGCGGGGGCCCCCCUAGGGGCCCCUCUUUCUGCGGACCCUUUUGGGUCUUCGUACCCUGCAGCAGCCCCUGAGGGGGCCCCCACCAUGGGGCCCUCCGUUGUAGGGGGGCCCCCAAUGGGGGCUCCCUCUAUGGGGCCCCCCAUGGGGGCCACCCCCAUGGGGGCCCCCCUGGGGGGCCCCCUAGGGGGCCCCCUGGGGGCCCCUGAUAUGCCCUCAGCUGCUGCUGCUCCCCCUGUUUUGUCUGAUGCUGAAGUCCAGCUUUAUGGGCAGCUCUGGCAGGAGGCCCUGGGUACAGGAGACCCGCUGGGGGGCCCCCUGGGGGGCCCCCAGGGGGGCACCCAAGAGGAAUACCUGGACGGUGCUGCUGCUGCUGCCUUUCUAGAGCGCAGCGGUUUGCCCCAGGAGACGCUGCAUGCAAUUUGGGGCUUGGCAGACACAGCCAACGAGGGCAG